AUGAUGAAGAGGGGUAGAGAGGAAGAAGAAGCUAAUCAGAAUCAGAACAUGAAAAACAUGGCGAAUUGCUUGAUGUUACUCUAUAAUGGUGGCGGCGAGUUUGAUUCAGCCGUUGACAGCUCUGCAGCCCGUGUUUUUGAGUGCAAGACAUGUAGCAAGCAGUUCCCGUCGUUCCAGGCGCUCGGAGGCCACCGGGCCAGCCACAAGAAACCGAGACUUAUGGGAGAACAACAUUCCGGAGAGUUGCGGACAUCACCGGCGAAGCCUAAAACGCACGAGUGCCCUGUUUGUGGGAUGGAAUUCGCGAUUGGACAAGCUCUUGGAGGGCACAUGAGGAAGCACAGAACGUCGGCCGCUAAUGAAAACCACCAGCCGCCGACGGCGCAGCCCGCCUUGUCUUUGUCUCCUCCAUAUCCACAUCCAAUUGUGAAGAGAUCGAAUAGCAGGAGGGUUGUCUGUUUGGAUUUGAACUUGACUCCGUUGGAGAACAAGUAA